GUGGCUGGGAAGGGAUGUGUGUGUCGGGGAGUGUUGAAUUUGGAAAUUGGAGGGGGCAGUAGUGAACGGACAGGGUGCAUGGAGUUGGUGUCAAUGGAGGAGCAGGACGCCAGGGUCCCAGCCCUGGAACCGUUCAGGGUGGAGCAGGCACCACCUGUAAUCUACUAUGUCCCUGACUUCAUCUCCAAGGAAGAGGAAGAGUAUUUGCUUCGACAGGUCUCCAAUGCUCCAAAGCCAAAGUGGACCCAGCUAUCUGGGAGGAAGUUACAGAACUGGGGUGGGCUCCCCCAUCCCCGGGGGAUGAUCCCAGAACGGCUGCCCCUUUGGCUUCAGCGUUGCGUGGACAAAGUGUCUGACCUCAGCCUCUUUGGGGGACUCCCAGCCAACCACGUUCUCGUGAACCAGUAUCUACCUGGAGAGGGCAUCAUGCCCCAUGAGGAUGGACCACUGUACUUCCCAACAAUCAGCACCAUCAGCCUGGGCUCCCACACUGUGCUGGAUCUCUAUGAGCCGUGGAUGGCAAAGGAUGAGGAUGCUACAGAGCAGCCCAGGCCCCCGCCCAGGCCCACCACCUCACUGCUGCUCGAACCACGCAGCCUGCUGGUGCUCCGGGGCGCUGCCUACACUCGCCUCCUACAUGGCAUCGCCGCCACCCGUGUAGAUGUGCUGGAUGCCUCCUCCUUGCCGCCUAACGCAACCGCCUGCCCAUUGGCACAGUCUGGAGCUCCCCUAGCCCGUGGCACCCGCGUCUCACUGACCAUCCGCCGUGUGCCCCGUGUACUGCGCGCCAGCCUCCUCCUCAGCAAGUGA